CUCCAAGUUAAAACUUCAUUCCACAUAACUUUCAAAUUAAAUUCUUGCAAGAAUAUAAUAUGCGUAUUUGAAAUCGUGGCAUUCAUUCACUUCGCCGUUCCAAUAAUCUUGUUUGGCAAUUCCGGCCAUUGUUUCAUCAUCAUCAUCAAUAACUAGCUAGCUAAUAAUAAUGACUGCCUCAAAAUACACAUUAUCUCUAAGUACGUUCUUCAAAAUAUUGUCUCUCUUUACUUUCCUCUCAGCUGAAUUCAUCAAUGGAUUAACCCUAGAACUGAUCCAUCCCCACUCCCCCUUCAACCCUCUCCGUGACCCCUCCAAAACAAGAUAUGACUGGAUACGAGAAGCAUACCACCACACGCGCUCACGCGCCGCCGCCAUUCAGAGCCUUGGCGGCGAUAUUUCGAAAUUCAAGACCGACAUUAAGCUGGCCGGCGGAGGGUACGUCAUGAAGUACUCCGUCGGGACGCCGCCGGUUGAGACGUACGGUAUCGCUGACACGGGCAGUGACUUGACGUGGACGCAAUGCCAGCCAUGCAUAAACUGCUAUCAGCAGGAAACCGCCGUCUUUAAUCCUCAGAACAGCCAAUCUUAUCGGACGGUCACCUGCGACGCGAGUGAGUGCUCUCUCGUUGAGGUUGCCGGCUGCUCCGACGACAACACGUGUCAGUACAAGGUUUCUUACGGCGACCGGUCCCAAACUUCCGGCGACUUGGCGGUGGAUAUUCUGACCAUUGGCGGCGCCUCCUUCGAUAACGUCGUUUUCGGUUGCGGCCACCAAAAUAACGGCACGUUCUCAAAUGCUGCAUCAGGUAUAAUUGGUCUCGGCAGCUCCCAAGUCUCAAUUAUCAAGCAAUUAGACCCUCUAAUCGGCGGAAAAUUCGCUUAUUGUCUCUCCUCUCGGCCAGAUUCCCCGAGCCACAUCAGCUUCGGCCCCGAAGCUAUAGUUACCGGCACUAACGCCGUCAAAACGCCGAUUAUCAAAGCCGUUGACCAACCCUCCUUCUAUUGGCUCUCUCUAGAAAGCAUCAGCAUUGGCGCGAAAACAUUCCAAGUCAGCAAGUCAACGUCCACGUCAGACAUGAGCGCCGACGGGACAAUGGUCGGAAACAUAAUAAUUGAUUCCGGCACGACGCUGACCAUGAUUCCGUCCGAUUUGUUCACAAGUUUGGUGACUGCAUUGAAGGGGAGUAUCCCGGCCGCCCCGCUUGACGACCCCGAAGGGGCUUUCGGGCUGUGCUACUCGACCCGAGAGAGUUUCGAGGUGCCGGAGAUCAUCGUACGCUUCACCGGCGGCGCCGACGUGAAGUUGUCACCAAAGGGUACUUUUGUGGAGGUUGGGGCAGGAAUUAGUUGUUUGACAAUAAUUCCUGAUACAGACAUUGGUAUAUCCAUCUUUGGGAAUUUGUCAGAGAUAGAUUACCUCUUUGGGUAUGAUUUGGAAGAACAAACAGUUACCUUUAAGCCCAGUGAUUGCUCCACUUUUUAGGCUUUUGCUUUCGAAACAUUUGCAUGGUCUAUAAUAGUGUUACGUUUGUGGACGUAUUGUCGUGAUGUGCUUGUUUGUAAAUUGUACGGAGUAAUUAAAUAAUAAUGUUGUACAUUCCAUAAUAAAAGUAAGGUGACAAUUUCCGUGCCCAUUUAAAAAAUGGGAUAUCAUACCUAGCAUUUACUUGAUUG